ACAAACUGUUGACCAAUUAAAAAGAACACAUGUUCCCCUUAUUUUUCAUGUUUUUUCCUUUUAGUAUGAAUAUGAGUAUUACCACUCAACGAAUGUACCAUCUGAAUACUUUAUAAAUGAAUUCUGUGUUUAGUUUUUAUUGUACUAAUAUUCCUACGAUAUUACUGAAAUACUUAAAUCACAAUUCGUUGUAACCGUUCAAAAAUACAUAUUUUUUUUACCUUGGAAUUACCAGAAGAGUUUGUAUAAUUCAUGUUAGCUCCCAUGUUUUGAAAUUUUCAAGAGAAAAAAAACGGAACUAUAUAAAUAUCUUUAUAAACGUUGAUUUAUUAACUUAAUAAUGAUGUCCAUCGUUUCAUUGUCCAUUCUGACAUUGGGAUAAAUAUUUAGUCAUAUUGGGGAAUUUCUAAAACUCAUUUAUUUAACACAAAUUCAUUAUUGCUUCCGAUUUUCAACGUAAUAACUAUGAUACAAUUUAACUACUGAAAAGAUGUAUUCAGAAAAUUAUAUUACAGAAUGGAUCGUAGCAGUUCUGAUUUACGGAAGUAUCAUUGUAUUGUAUUGUGAUUGUACUACUUACGACAGAAGUAAUUACAUUGGUUAUAUCAAUACCGGUGAUAGUGGUGUUGGUGGCGACAUCAUUAAUAAUGAAGCAUCUACAACACCUCAAUACAAUUUACGCUAUGCAAUCACAGAGGAUCAGCCAAUAAACUUCAAAAUUGGUAAAAUUAAUGACGAUCUAUUACAAACACCUGAGUUAAGAUCAACUCGAUUGUUCAAGUUAUUACAGUCAAAGAAACAAGUCAACUUAUAUUAUCGAUUAAGUGAACCAUCAAAUUAUUUCGAUGUAAAUGAAUCAACAAGUAUAUUGUCUACAAAGAAACUAAUCGAUUUAGAAACUUUAUGCCCAAGAUACUGUAGAGAGAAUACCUUUCAUGCUCAGUUGAAUAUUCAUGUGAAUAUUUGGGCAAAUUUUCAGUUAAUUUCUGUUGUAAAUAUUGAAAUUGCUGUAACUGAUGUGGAUGAUAAUAUGCCAGCAUUUCCAUCUACCGUAUCUAGACCAUAUAGACUGAAAUUGAAAGAAGUUAUCUAUCGGUCCGGUAAACAUGUGGAAUUACCUAAGGCAAUUGAUAUAGAUGUACAACCAAGUCAUGCUGAAAUAGUCUAUCGUCUUAAUUCACAUCCAGAGGAUAAAUCAAAUUCCCUAGAAACAUUUCGUUUAGUUGUACGCAAUGAUUCACGUCUUGUCCUUGUUUUACAAAAGGAUUUAGACUAUGAAUUUGCUAAGGAAUAUCGUUUUUAUUUAGUUUGUUCAUCACCUCAUAUCGGUGGUGGCCAACAUUUGGAUUCAAUAAAUACUGAGGAUCGACUAGAGAUUAUUGUGGAAGUACUUAAUAUUAAUGACAUUGAACCAACAUUUUCACAAGCAGUUUAUGAGGUACAGAUUGAAGAAAAUGUUCCUAUCAAUUCAACCAUUUUUGAGCUAAAAGCAACUGAUAAAGAUGUCAAUUCCACAAUCACCUAUUCAAUGGAAAAUGUUGACUUGAAUGCCACAUUAAAAUUUUUCAUUGUAUCUAAUGGACAAGUGAUUGUGAAAGAAAAGCUUGAUUAUGAACAACGUAAUUCAUACAGCAUAACAGUACGUGCAAGUGAUGGGGAAUUUUUUGCACUAGCAAAACUGAUUAUUACAAUUUUAGAUGUGAAUGAUGAACCUCCAGAAUAUGUUUUAAAUCCAAGCCAGUUGAAUCUUAUCGAAAAUAAACCUGCAAGAACAUUAAUUGGUCAUCUUCUUGUUAUUGAUCGUGACAGUCCAGAAGUCAAUGGUCAAGUGCAAUGUGAAGAACCAUCUGAUUUAGGAGGAAAACAACCAAUACUUUUUGUUCAAGAGUCACUUUAUUUAAAUCAGCGAUCAGUAUCAUCGUCUUUAACAUCAAAGCAUACGUCGUAUACUAGUGGUAAUUAUUUGCCAACAGGUCCAUUGCUAUCAUCUAGUUCUGAAACUCAUAUCUACCAACGAUUCACAUUGUAUAGUGGAUUUGAAUUUGAUCGAGAGAAUGGACCAGAUAAAUAUGAAGCAAUUUUAUAUUGUUGGGAUGCUGCAUCCACAUUCUCAUCAUCAACAUUAUCACCUUCAGCUUUAUCAAUACAUACAGAUCAAUAUUUACCAUUAAAUUAUUCAAAAUUAUCCAAUGUAAAAUUAUCUAGUCUUACAGCUACAAUGACGAUCACUUUACAUGUAACCGAUGCAAAUGAUAAUCAGCCAAUUUUUGAGAAACAGUACUACAAAACUGAAAUUAAAGAAAAUUCUCCAGUUGGUACUAAAAUUAUUAGGAUGCAUGCAACAGACAAGGAUAUUGGAGUGAAUGCACAAAUACAUUACAGUUUAGAAAAGAAUGAACUAAUUACACCUUAUUUUAAAAUUAAUCCACUUACCGGUUGGAUAACAAGUUCAGCUGAGCUUGAUCGUGAAGCACAAGCAUCAUUUCAACUUACAGUGUUAGCAACUGAUGGGGGUUAUGACAGUUCAGACACCAGUUCCAACAGACAACCAACUGGUAGUAUGAUGGUUCAUCACACAACAACAUCACAACUACUUAUCCAUAUAUUAGAUGAAAAUGACAAUGCACCCGAAUUUCGUGGUCCAAGACAGUUCGCUGUUGAAGAAAAUCAACCACCAAAUAAGUGGAUUGGUGACCUACAAAUAAUGGACAGAGAUGAAGGAAUGAACAGUGAAGUAACAUUCCGACUACUUUCCGGUAAACUAGUCAACAAUAACAGUGGAAACAUUGUUAAAGAAGUUGAUAAAAAUUCAAUGUUGAAACAAAAACUGCCCAUUAAACUGUUGAAUAACGGAAGUUUAUUCACAACAAAAUCAUUAGAUAGAGAGGAUAAAUCUCACUACUGUUUCGAAGUUAUUGUAUCCGAUAAGGGUGUGAAUAAGUCACAUUCUACGGUAGACACAAUAUGUGUACGUGUCUUGGAUGUGAAUGAUAAUCAACCAUACUUCACUGAAAUUAGAGGAGUUGAUCGAAAAGUCAAUGACACACUAUUGAACAGAUCGUUGUCUGAAACAACAGCUUUCACUUCCCAAAUGAAUUCAGAUACACUAAAUUCUCUGCCAAAAAUCCCUAUUAUACGUGUUUCUUAUAAUGAGGUACCAGGUUAUUGUGCUUUAGUAGCCAAAGCGGUUGAUGAAGAUGAAGGUAGAAAUGCACAAUUACGAUAUGGGAUUACACAUCAAUAUUCAUAUAUAACUAAUGAGGGCAUUAAACCUGACAGCGUACUUGAUGCAUUUACAAUGGAUCCACCAAGUGGACGUGUGAUGUUGACAAGAAAUUUAAAACAACAUGAAGCCGGCUUAUAUGAAGUUGUAAUAACUGUUGAAGACAGUGGAGAACCAGUUCAGAAAGCAGAAAAGACAAUUCAACUAAUUAUUGAUGACAGUCCACCUCGAGGAAAUUGGUUAUUCCCUGAAAUUGAACAGAAUCGUGAUCUAUCAUUAUUCAGUACAAAGUAUGCAGUAACAGAGGCUCAUACCAUCCUUGUAGUCAUCAUCCUGUCUGGGAUAUCAGCAUUCCUAGCUUCUGUAUUAAUCACUGCCAUCUUAUGCAUGAUUAAACCUUGUAGAAAAUCAAGUAAUUCUAACCGAUUCAAUAAGAAAUUAUGUUCAAAUGCUAGCAGUAUCAACAACACUGGCAAUAUUCCAUUUGAUAAAGAAUUUAAUACAAUAAUUUGUAGUGAUUAUGAUAUCACCAAGACAACGGUAGAUCAAAUUGGAAUACCAUAUGAUGAUUACAGUCUAAGUUUAUUGAAUCAGCAGCAACAAUUUCAAUUGGGUAGGUAUACAUCUGGACAAAAUGUGGACACGGUGUUUAGUCAUACAAGUUCACCUUUUACCCAUCAUAUGAUACAACAACAUCAGCAGCAACAUGAAGGUAUAGUCAUAUCUGAUGGCAACAGUACAAUACCUAGAGUAGACAGUUAUUACUUACCACCUUACAAAUUAUUUGGUAUUGAUAAUUAUAUCGGUAAUGAUGAUAACAGUAAUCAGACAACAACUGCUACUGUUCCAAUGACAUCCAGUAACAACGGGAAUAGUGUAGAACAAGAAGUGGAUUUGAUGAAAAGAGCCAAAUCUCCUGGCGUACAGAGAACUUCACCACCUUCGAGUUUAGUACAAUAUGCAGGUCAGCAACCGAAUUGGAGUUAUCUACACUUAGAAUUUCCAAAUAACGACUGUCAGCAUACCAUGUCGAAUGCUUCUUCAUGUAACAUGACAGCGAGGUGUUCAGUGUACUCACCACACCAUCUAAACUCUACCAACCCUUCAUCUCAACCACUGAGACUUUCACUUACGUCGCCUCCCCUGGUAUCUGCAAAUUCUUCGACUGCCGGACCGGAUCUUGUUCUUCUUCAGUGCACACGAGAUUCACCCAUUUCUUCAACAUAUUAUUAUCAUCAAAGUAGGUCAAACUCAUUGUCACCUAAUCAGUUGUCUAAUAUACCGACAGUAUUCAAUUUGGGUUCCACCAAUCUAAUGCAUCCCACAUUUAUGCAUCAAAAUACUCCAAUUAAUAUUGAUUGCGCUGUAAAAGAUCCUCAGCUUCCUGUUCAAGUCAUUGGUGAAGAACAAAGAUCAGAUAGUGGUCGUGGUGCAAGUGAUGAAGAGAAUUCUAAUCAAAUUCAAAUGACUAGAGCAAUAACACCAACAACAACAUCAUCGUCUGUGCACACUAAAGAUAUGUUACAUGGAAUAGGAUUGAAAACAUUAGUAAAUCAGAAAAGCAAUAAUCAUAAAUUUCGUUCGAAUACACUAAAAUGUGCUACCGAGAAUUCAAGUCACAUAACAACUGGUCUUGUAUUUCCAAGUCUUCCAAGAGUUAAUAUGUGUAAAACAUUAAACGAUCAAAAAGUGUUAGGCACUUUUCAACGUAAACCUUUUUCUCUAACAACAUGGAAAGACUCCAAUUCAAAACAAUAAAUAAAUCAUUGAAUAAUUCUGUUUAAUUUCCAAUUUUAUAUAAAUGAAUAUUUCAUUUAAUGAAAAAAAUUGAAAAUUAUAUGUGUUAAGCUGACUAACAUUUUAAAAACCUCUAUUAAAUAAACACGAAUAUGCAUAACAUUCAGUAUAUGACCAAUAAUUUAUGCAUUUAUAGGUACAUUCUUCAUAUAAACAGCUACUUUCAACAUCUUUUUUACUCAGAGUUUUAAAAAGUAGGAAAUGAAAGAUAAAGCAUAUUAACUAUGAAAUAUAAUUUGUCAUCAUCAAUUUUUUGAAGUUAUUUAAAAACUUAGGCAAGAAAAAACCUCAACUCAUUUUAAAUUAUUGUUUAUCAGUAUUAUUUGUUUAAUUUAAUUGUUUAUAUUCAGUUUAAUUAAAAAUUGUAACAUUCCAUACAUAAAUGUAUAACAAAAACAUGUUAUCAUGAAUAUUUUUUUUUGCAUGUUCUAAUAAUAAUAAUUUAUUUUGUACACAAUGGUAAAAUGUACAUGAAAACAUUCAUCCUUCAGUAAAUAAUCGUUUACUGUGUAUGUAUGUGAUUACACUAAAAAGAAAAUACAACUGAUACACCAUGUAGAAAAUUUACUAUAUCUUAUCAAUUCCAUAGGAAUAUGAGUAACAUUUAUGAAGUUGUUGGAUUGAAUUUCUUCUAAUUAAUUACCUUGCUGUCACAGUAGUAGUGAUAGUGCAAGUUGUUGACUAUUGAAUUAGGCCGUAAAUUCAAUGCAAAGGUAAUAUGAAACAAGAAAUUAGUAAAAAAUAUUUAUGUAAACAUUGAAAAUAUGUUGUUGUAUCCAAGAUACAAUGUCAAUAUUGACAAUAUUUAUUUUUCACGGCGUUAAAUGGUUUCAAUGAAUAACCGUUAACUACAUUCCACUGUGUAUUUUUUAUCAUAAUGUACAUCUCAUGUUUAUUUUUAUUAUUUUUUUGAAUAAAUGUGUGAAUAGAAAUUUAAUUUGUGAUAUAAAAUCUCAUGUUUUUCCUUUGUCACUUAUUGAACAUUGAACAUUUUGAUUUUCAUCCUAGUUCAUUAAAACAAAAUGUUUAUAUGUAUAUUUUUCGAUUCUUAUCUUUUUUCCUUCCUUAAAGGUUCUUAAUUUUUGACUUGUGUUUCUUUGAACACUCUUAUUCCUCUCAGUAAUUAUUAUCUUUUGAUUCAGUCAAGUGAUGUUUUGUCAUCUUUUUCUACUGUUUAUCUAAAUGAAAAUAUUUCGAAAUGGAAGUAAUGUAUAAAUAAUUCAAUUUGUCUUUAAUUAUUUUUACAUUUAAAUGUGGUGUAUAACACAGAAUGUAUUAGUCACACUUACACGUGUUUAUGACAUGUUUACUUUUUAAAAGGUAGGUUUUCAUUUACCAACAAAGGGUAAAAACAAUUAGUAAAUGAUAUUUGUUUUUCUAAAGUCUACUUUUCAACUUCUCGUUCUCCAGUUUUAAAGCAUUUGUGUUUAACUAUGACUGGCUUAAAUUCCGUAAUACUCGUCAAAAUUAUGCUUUUGAUUAAAUGUUGUUUUCUGAUUUUACAUAGUCUUGUAUGUAUCAGUGAAUGAUCGUCGUUUACGGGAGACAACGUUAAAUUGUAAACAUUUUUUUUUAACUAGUC